UAAUGCGCGUGCGCAAUCGAAGCGGAAGUAAGCCGAAGCAACGCAACGAGCACCGCUUUCGCGCCCAUCAUUUUGCCGGUCAACAGAAUUCUCAGCAAAACAAACAGCAGUCCAGCGGCAACCGCCAAAGUUUAGUAGCAAAUCAGAGAGCAAACAUGCCGAGACCGAAGAAGGCCGACGCACCAGCCGCCGAGAGCGCCGAUAAAACCGAGGAAGCCGCCGCAGCGACCGCCUCCGAUGGAGAAGCCGCCGAAACGGCUGCCCCCGCGAAGAAGCGUGGCCGCAAGCCCGGCGUCUCCACGAAAAAGCCCGCCGAGCCGACGAGGGAGAAAAUCCCUCGUGGGGCCAAGGCCGCCGCCAACAUCAAGCUGGCCGAAAAGGACGAAACGGAGGUAAAGCCGAAGAAGGCUAAGCCUGCUGCCAGUGGCUCCGGAAAGGGCCGCGGAAGGCCCAAGAAGGUGGAGAAGGAGGAGUCUGCGGAUGAGGCAGAGGAGAAGGAAGAAUCCGAGGAGGAAGAGGAAGAGGCCCCCUCCAAGAAAGCUAGACAGCCUGAUGCUGAGAUUAGCACCGAUGAGGAUGAUUCUGAGGAGGAUACUACGCACAUUGCAGAGAAACCCCAGAAGAAAACUGGCAACAAGAAUCAACAGGCUUCAAAGAAGGCAACUCAGAAGCAAAGUGAUGAGAAAGUGGACAAGAAAUCCAAGGGAAAUAAGAAGGACAGUAAAGAAGAAGAAGAUGAAGAUGAUGGAUAUGAGCCAGACAGUGACCAGGCGUCGAAUGAUGGAGUAAAGGAAGUGGACAAGAAAGGUACCAAAAAGGAUUCGGGCAAGUCUGCUGUUCAGGGCAAACCCUCCAAGGCCGGUACAGCCAAGGAGUCUACCACUGCUGGCAAAGAAGAACAGCCUGAAGAAACUUCUGACCAGGAAGUCGCAGAUGAUGACAAGAAGGCUGCACCCAAGAAGAAAGCAGCAGCUAGGAAGGGCCAGAAACAGAAGGAGGAUGCCGACAAUAAGAAGAAGGAAGACUCUGAGAGUAAGACUUCCAACGGAUCAUCCACUAACGGCGCUAGCAAGGCCAAAGGCAAAAAGGCUGUUGCUGCUGAAGCCUGCAAAUCAUGAUCAGUAUUCAAGCGCAAAGCGCUGGAGAUCGGCAGCGUUCUGCAAGAAACUUAUCCCGAGCUGGAGUUGUUGAUCAACGAGGGCAAAGCACCGCGCCGAGGCGCCUUCGAGCUUGAGCUAAUCCUCGACGGCGAGCGCCACCCACUUUGGAGCGGCAU